AUGGCUUUUCCCUGCAGAAGAUCCAUGAAUCCCAAGACUCUGGCCUUCCUUCUGGUGGGUGUGAGUUUCUUGGCACUGCGCAUGUGGCUCCUCCAAGUCCCAAGGUCCCAGCAGGAACAGAAGGGGAAGGGCCCGACGGACCGUCUCCACACUCCCAGGGCUGCGGCACAGCCCCCUACGCUCCACCCGGGGCUCCCGUGCGUGGCCAAUGCCUCAGCGAACAGCACAGCUGACUUCCAGCAGCUGCCGGCGAGGAUCCAAGACUUCCUGCGGUACCGCCACUGCCGCCACUUCCCACUCCUCUGGGACGCGCCGGCCAAGUGUGCCGGCAGCCGCGGGGUCUUCCUGCUCCUGGUGGUGAAGUCGUCACCUGCCAACUAUGAGCGGCGCGAGGUCAUCCGUCGCACGUGGGGACAGGAGCGCAGCUACAGAGCGCGGCGAGUGCGCCGCCUCUUCCUGCUGGGCACCCCAGCGCCGGAGGAGGCCGCGCAGGCGCCGCAGCUCGCGGAGCUUGUGGGCCUGGAGGCGCGCGAGCACGGCGACGUGCUGCAGUGGGCCUUCACUGACACCUUCCUCAACCUCACGCUCAAGCACGUGCACCUGCUCGACUGGCUGGUGGCGCGCUGCCCACUUGCCCGCUUCCUGCUCAGCUGCGACGACGACGUCUUUGUGCACACACCCAACCUGCUUAGCUUUCUAGAGACGCAGUCGCCGGACCGCCACCUCUUCGUCGGGCAGCUCAUGGACGGGUCGGUGCCCAUCCGCGACAGCUGGAGCAAGUACUUUGUGCCCCCGCAGCUCUUCCCAGGGAAGGCCUACCCAUUGUACUGCAGUGGCGGCGGCUUCCUCCUGUCGCGCCACACGGCCCGGGCCCUGCGCACCGCCGCACGCCACACCCCUCUCUUCCCGAUAGACGACGCCUACAUGGGCAUGUGCCUGCAGCGCGCAGGUCUACAGCCUAGCGGACACGAGGGCAUCCGGCCCUUUGGCGUGCAGCUGCCGGGCGCCCAUAAGCUCUCCUUCGACCCCUGCAUGUACCGCGAGCUGCUGCUAGUGCACCGCUUCGUGCCCUACGAGAUGCUGCUCAUGUGGAAGGCACUGCACAACCCCGCGCUGAGCUGUGGCCGGGUACACAGGGUUUCCUGA